GAGUAGACGGUGGGAAACGGAAACUUCACAGGUCAGCCGCCAGCCACUGUGCUUGGCGGCAGUCCGAGGAAGAAGCGUGCCUGUCAAGGGGCAAGUGCCCACCAAGUCGCGGGAAGGGGCCACCCAAGUCAAAUGGGAAGGGGUGGGGGUGUCCGGAAAAAGGUGGGAAGAUGCUCACCCCGGCCCCCUCCUCGGGGUCGCAACCUCAAGAGGAACAAACAAGAGCAAACUCGGGGUCCAGAGGCCCCACGCCGGACUCUCCGGCACAGAGGAGAUCGGCCUCAAGUCCCGGAGGCCCGGGCAGGCCGCCUCCGGAGGAGCCCCCGCAGACGCCAUACUAAAAGCCAAAAUGGCUGCCCCGAGCGAGCCCGUACCGCGUAGCUAAGUGAGGGUUGGGGAACGGGCUUCUGCGGGAAAGGGGGAGGGGGACCUAGGAAGAGCCGACGCCAGGACCAGCACCCCCGAGCCGCACAGCCCCAGCAUCACGUGGGCAUGGACGAUACCAAGGUCUGCCAUCAGCAGGAACCACACCCGUGCCUGCUUGUUUGGGGCUGCAGUGGCUUUGGAGCACCUCGCCUGCAAGCCAGAAUCUGGAGUUGGCUCCGGGGCAAGCUCUGUGCGCUGAUGCUCUUUCCUGAAAGGAUUCUGCCCUGGAAGGGUACGGUUACUGCCAUCCCUUGCCAUAACUUUUGCCAUAACAAUAUUUGGAAAAAUACUGGCCAGGAGAAAAAAAUGAUAAAGUUUUUCCUCAUGGUGAAUAAACAAGGGCAGACCCGGCUCUCCAAGUACUAUGAACACGUGGAGAUUAAUAAGCGUACACUUCUGGAAACAGAAGUCAUAAAAAGCUGUCUGUCACGGUCCAAUGAACAAUGCUCUUUUAUUGAAUACAAGGAUUUCAAGCUGAUCUAUCGGCAGUAUGCAGCUCUCUUCAUUGUGGUUGGAGUUAAUGACACUGAGAACGAGAUGGCGAUUUAUGAAUUCAUCCAUAAUUUUGUGGAAGUCUUAGAUGAAUACUUCAGCCGAGUGAGUGAGUUAGAUGUAUCCUUUUGCAGUGCUGUUUCCCACAGUGCGUGGCAGAUAAUGUUUAAUUUGGAUAAAGUACACAUCAUUCUGGAUGAGAUGGUGUUAAAUGGCUGCAUUGUGGAAACUAAUCGUACAAGAAUUCUUGCCCCUCUACUAAUUCUUGAUAAGAUGUCCGAAAGCUGAACGGAAGGCUCUGCUGGAUUUAUGGAAGAAGUAUGAACACCAUGGAACACAUCUCAGCAUCUGUGGCCCAAAAGAAAUCUGCCAGACCACACACUACAAAAUGGGGUAUUCUUCCAAAGGCUCUAUAAAUAGGAGUGUUCCACAGUUCCUUAGUGGAAAACAAAACUGUAUUUUAAAGUAUGUAAAAAUUUUCUCUAAAUUGAGAGACUGUUCUUUUCUAACUGUAAGCGCACUUCCCCGGCUUCUUUAAAUUUUGUUGAGUACCUAAGGAA